AUGUCAGAAAAUCAGGGGGGCGCCGCGCCCCCCAAAUCUCGCUCCUUUGCGGACAUCCUUUCAUCCUCUUCUUGUGAUCUACCACUCUGUCCACCAGAGCGCUACAAAGGAAUGCCAGCAGUUACAUUCUCCGACAAAGAUAUCCAAGAAUUUUCUCAGCGAUACAGAUUUGCCUUAGUGGGCAAAUUUAUGAAAGGCCGACCUACCAUGGCAACCCUUAAAAAAGCUUUCGACCAGAUUGGGUUUGCAGGAACUUUCACCCUCGGCCUGCUAGAUAAUCGCCACAUCCUUAUUACUUUCGUCAAAGAGGAAGACUUCCAACGCUGCUGGCUGCGCAAAACUUGGUUCAUUCAAGGCUACGCUAUGCGUAUUCUCAAAUGGACAGCAGAUUUUCGACCGGAUGUUGAAUCGCCAGUGGUUCCAGUUUGGAUUGCCUUUGAAGGACUACCAGCUCAUCUCCAGGAGAAGCGACCCCUCUUCACAAUCGCCAAUCUAAUAGGUACUCCUUUAAAAAUUGACGCUUCAACCUUGGCGCACAACCGACCAUCUGUAGCGCGAAUCUGUGUCGAACUAAACGUGAUGAAGCCUUUACCCAAACAAGUAUGGAUCAACAAUGGCUCUUUAGGGGGAUUUUCUCAACCAGUGAUCUAUGAACAUAUUCCGCCUUACUGCGGAAUCUGCAAUAAAUUUGGUCACCUCCAAACCGAGUGCAAUCGCAACCCUCGCCCUCAAGCCACCUCAUCUCAGGCUAUAUCAACCAAGGUAGCUUCUGAACCUCCUAAACAAACUUCACAGGCGCAACUUGCCCCUCCAAGAAAAAGAUGGCGCCCAGUAAAAGAGCCGGUGACAGAGCAUCAGUCGGUAGAGCAGGAAAAAUCGGAUACUCAACAGACAGAUGAGCCUUCCAUCCCUUCAAGUCAAGAGAUUGAAAUUCCCGAAAACAACUCCUUGGGAAUAACACUGAGAGAUGACCAGAAACUGCAAGCUCAAAGGAGUAAUGAUACGGCACCAGGGCACUAUUCAGAUGGUGAGGAGAUACAGAGGUUAGAUCUUCCCCGACAUGUUCUUCUUCAAUCUUGGAAAGAGGACAGUCGCAGGUUAGCUACAAAAAUAUCCAACUCCGUUUCCGAUCAAGAUAACUUUAUCACUGUCACUCAUAAAAAACGGCGACCAAGAAAGGAUUACUCGUCUCAAGCACCUUCAGUCACUACCCGCUUGGCGGCGGGUUCCCUCAAGAGAGUCUCUUUCUCUCAUCGUUUUAAAUGA